AUGGCAGCCAUGGCAAUGCGAGUGGCGUUCUGUUUAGCUCUGGUUUGCAUGCUCAUUGGGGUCGGCCACGCUCAGCUCUCGCUCAACUUCUACAAUUCGACGUGCCCAAAUGUCGAACAAAUCGUUCGCCAGGCCGUCACCCUGAAGAUUAGCCAAACAUUCGUUACUAUUCCAGCAACUCUUAGACUCUUCUUCCAUGACUGCUUUGUUCAGGGAUGUGAUGCUUCGGUUAUGAUAGCAUCUGCAAGUGGUGACGCUGAAAAAGACUCGGAGGACAACUUAUCGUUGGCGGGAGAUGGAUUUGAUACCGUGGUUAAGGCAAAGCAGGCAGUGGAAGCUCAAUGUCCUGGAAAAGUAUCGUGUGCGGAUAUAUUGGCCAUCGCUGCAAGGGACGUUGUGGUUUUGGCGGGAGGGCCAAAUUUCUCGGUGGAAUUAGGACGGCGAGAUGGGCUAAUCUCGAAAGCAUCUUUGGUUGCCGGAAACUUACCGGGACCAAAUUUCAACCUGAGCCAACUAAACACAAUGUUCGCCAAAAACAACCUAACCCAAACCGACAUGAUUGCACUAUCAGGAGCCCACACGGUUGGGUUCUCACAUUGCAGUCGUUUCGCGAACCGGCUCUACAACUUCUCAGCUACGUCCAAAGUGGACCCUUCCCUGGACCCGAACUACGCCAAGCAGCUCAUGGACGCCUGCCCCCAAGACGUGGACCCUAGAAUCGCUGUGAACAUGGAUCCAGUAACCCCAAAGAAAAUGGACAAUGUGUAUUACCAAAAUCUAGUGAACCACAAGGGGCUUUUCACGUCGGAUCAGGUGCUUUUUACGGACCCACUAUCACAGUCCACUGUGAGUGGGUUUGCUAAUGACCGUAGUAGGUUCAAUAAAGCGUUUGCAGAGGCUAUGGUUCGGCUUGGGAGAGUGGGGGUUAAGACUGGCCUUGUGGGUGAGAUUAGAACUGAUUGUACCACAUUUAAUUCCUAA